GUAAGCCCAACACUGUCUCCGGCUAAAUCCCGGCAGCUCACCAAUUCCUUGUUGACGUCAACAGCCGUGAGCUUAGAAAUUCCGAAUUGAAGCUUCCCACCAAAAACUCUCCGAAUUAUUUUGGUUUCUCAAUUUGACUGCGACAGCCCCAAGCGACUCAAUUUGAAGCUAUCGCCAACAUCCUUCAAUCGCAAACCGAAUCUUCACUACCUCAAACAAUACCUAGUCAACAUGUUCUGCAGAGCGUGCCGUCGCGCAAUUGCGCUCCCCAAACCCACUUCGAACGCCAUCAUUGCCAAAGCUCCCCUCUCAAGUCUCUCGAUCCCAACAAGAAGCUACACUCUUCGAUCUACUCCUACAAACCCAUCAGUCAAGAGAUCUGUCCUCUCGAUCCGGUCAUCACCUCAAAUCAAUCUCCGAUCGAGCUCCAAGCGCUCCUACUCCUCCGCGACCGAGACCCCGACAGCCCUCGAGAAGCCCGACCACCUCGACGAUGCCGAGUCAACGAUAUGGGAUAAGCUGACCGCCGAGUUCGCGCCUUCAGAGCUCAUCGUCCAAGACGUUUCGGGCGGAUGCGGUUCCAUGUACGCUAUCGACAUCACGUCGGCUAAGUUCAAGGGCGCCAACAUGCUGAAGCAGCAGCGCAUGGUCAAUGCCGUCUUGGGCGAUAUGAUGAAGCAGUGGCACGGUGUCCAGCUGCGCACAAAGGCGCCUCAAUGAGGAUACCACGAAAUGAUCUGGCCAAUCGCGGCGACGAAAACGACUGUACUAUAGAAGAAAGUGUACCGAUAACGACCAACACUCGACGGAGCAAUCCCAACACGCGGACGUCGAAGGCUGAAGUAAAGAAACAUAAGGAAGGCCGUUCCAUCAAGUUACGGACGGAAGUUGUAUGCUACUAUGCUUUUAAUCUGGACAACACCAAGUUUACUUCUUACAACAAUUCUAAUCACUCGAGCUAUCGCGAUCCAUCUAUGUGUUUCCCCGGUGCAGGCUUCCAGGUCAUUGAGGUCGCCGCAAAAGUUAGACCGAACUCGUCUUUGCCUCAAGCUGUUUCUCAACCACCACAAACUUUGUCGCAAUGUUUGCUGCUAUCAUUCUUAUCCUGCCUUAUCACCCUGUUACUUCCCCUGCUCCAGCCA